CUUGUUUUGGUAUCCUUGAAGUGGUGCUUUGUCAGUUCCCUCGUCACAAGCCGUUGUCGUUUUGAUCCGUGGUGUUAGGGUUCUUUUCAAUUUUUGGCAUUCACCAUCAAAUCAGCGAUACUGCCAUCGUUUUGAGCUGCGGCCUUGUUGCACCGGAAACACAUGACUGAGGAGCAAAAAAUCAGAUUCCGUGACUCCAUGGAGCUACAGUAUCAAGAGAGUGAGACAGACGAGUCUUCUUCUUCUUAUAGUUCCUCAGAAGACGAGGAGGAGGAGGAGGAGAUAGAGAAGGAGCUGGCUGAUGUAACGUUUGAGGAGUUGCAGAAAGCACGCUCAAAUGGGGCACAUGCAUUUUUGCAGAAACCCAGAGAGGACAAAAAAUUAAAAAGGGCUAACAAGAACAGGCCAAUGGAGGCUAGUUGCAAGAAGCCGGUUUCUGCUUUUAGAGAGGUCAUCCAAGCUCCAAAGAAGGUUGUACGCGAUCCACGAUUUGAGUCUCUUUGUGGCAACCUUGACACUGAAGGGUUUAGGAAGAGAUAUAAUUUUUUAUUUGAAAAUGAUCUUCCUGCUGUAUUAAUUACAAUUAUCAUAAAUUAUUAG